AUUUGCUUAGGCGGAAAAGUCAUCAAGCAUCAUGAAACAUCAUCAAAAACUUCACAAAUGUUGUCAAGGACUCCACAAACGUCAUCAAAGACUUCACAAAUAUCGUCAAAACUCAUCAAGAAACUGUGA